AUGCCCUCGGCCAAACAAAGGAGCUCCAAGGGCGGCCACGGCGCCGCGAGCCCCUCGGAGAAGGGUGCCCACCCGUCGGGCGGCGCGGAUGACGUGGCGAAGAAGCCGCCGCCGCCGCCGCAGCAGCAGCCGCCGCCGGCGCCGCACCAGCAUCAGCAUCAGCACCAGCAGAACCAGGCGCACGGCAAAGGAAGCCACCGCGGCGGCGGCAAGUCCUCCUCCGCCGCGGCCGCCGCGGCCGCCGCCUCGUCCUCUUCGUCCUGCUCGCGCAGGCUCGGCAAGGCGCUCAACUUUCUCUUCUACCUCGCCUUGGUGGCGGCGGCCGCCUUCUCGGGUUGGAGUGUCCACCACGUCCUGGAGGAGGUCCAGCAGGUCCGCCUCGGCCACCAGGACUUCGCCCGGCAACGGGAGGAGCUGGGACAGGGCUUGCAGGCUGUCGAGCAGAAGGUACACUCUCUGCAGGCCACAUUCGGGGCCUUUGAGUCCAUCCUGAGAAGCUCUCAACAUAAGCAGGAUCUUAUGGAGAAAGUCGUGAAGCAAGGUGAGAGCGAGAUCAACCGGAUCAGUGAAGUCCUACAGAAACUUCAGAAUGAGAUUCUCAAAGACCUCUCAGACGGCAUCCACGUGGUAAAGGAUGCCCGCGAGCGGGACUUCACGUCCCUGGAGAACACGGUGGAGGAGAGGCUGACGGAGCUCACCAAGUCCAUCAAUGACAACAUCGCCAUCUUCACCGACGUCCAGAAGAGGAGCCAGAAGGAAAUUAACGAGGUGAAGGCCAAGGUUGCCUCCCUGGAGGAAUCCGAGGGCCACAAGCAGGACUUGCAAGCCCUGAGGGAGGUUGUGAAGGAAAUACAGACCUCCAUGAAGUCCAAGGACAAGGACAUCGAGGCCAUGAGACGCACCCUCCAGACCAUGGAGUCUGAAGUGUACACGGAGGUCAAAGAGCUGGUGAGCCUCAAACAGGAGCAGCAGAAGUUCAAGGAGGCGGCUGACACAGAGCAUGUCACCCUACAGACCCUCACAGAGAAGUUUCUCCAGUCCGAGGAGUCCCUUUCCCGCCUCCCAGGGGAGAUCAGGAGACUGGAAGAAGAGCUACGUCAACUGAAAGCCCACCCCAACAGGCCAGAAGGAGAAGACGAUGGAGUGGCCAGAAACUUGGAUGCCUUCGAGGAGCUCCAGAGAAGGAGCCAGGGAUUGGACUCGCGACUCCAAAAUGUGGAGGACGGUGUCCAGUCGGUGCAGGUGGCCUCUGCGCGGCAGACCGAGAGCCUGGGUUCCCUCCUUUCGAAGAACGAGGAGUAUGAGCAGCGCCUGGACGCUCUGCAGGAACGCGUGGAGGCGGACAAGGACGGGGUGGCCAGCACCGUCAGGAGCCUGGGGGAGGCCCAGAUCUCCCUGUACACCGACGUGGAGGAGCUGAAGAGAAGCCUGGUUGAGCUCCCCAGCACCGUGGAGGCGCUCCACAGGGUCCAGGGACAAGUGCACACGCUGCUCAGUCAGGACCAAACUCGGGCCGCCCCCGCGCCUCCUCAGGACUGCCUGGACAAACUUGCCUCUCUAGACAACCUCAAAUCCUCAGUAAGCCAAGUGGAAUCGGACUUGAAAAUGCUCAGGACUGCCGUGGACAGCUUGGUCGCCUACUCAGUCAAGAUAGAAACCAACGAAAACAACUUGGAGUCGGCCAAGGCUUUGCUAGACGACCUGAGAAAUGACCUGGACAGGUUGUUUGUGAAAGUCGAAAAGAUUCACGAGAAAGUCUAA